CUGAAUGUGUACUGUUUAUAUUUUGCGUAGUUGGUCAUUUGGCAACUCAUAGUCUCCUAGCUCCUCAUAUGGCUAAUCAUUUCCGUUGUGUUGACGUUUUCAAUAUACAUAUUCUGCAUGUGGUCCAAAUUAACACAAUUGCGACGGAAAUAUCACUGAAGAACAAAACAAAAACAACUAUUUACUAAAGUUGCCUUUCUCUUCUGUAUCAUUAAAUUCACAAGUAGAAGAAUGGAUUUUUUUAACAGAUCACGUUAGAAACCAAGAAAGAAUACAAUGUGCCCAAAGAAAUGAUAGGUAAUAAACGGAAAUCUCUAUACAUCAUCGCGAUAAAUGUUUUGACCCCGCGACCUCCAGUGUUGACAAACAUGUCGGAGGGGACACGGAGGGAGGCUGGAAGAGAGAGCUUUUCGAGUCUUUUUCUCCCUCCAGAAGAAUCGCAACGUGAAAAUGAGCCUCCCAACACUAAUAACCAAAGGGACUCAGAUAUCCCCAACGAGUAUGGCAAUACAAGUAUUGACUCGGAAAGCAGUGAUUACAGAGUACUUCAUGAAGAACAAGAGCAAACACAGACAUCCUUUUGCCCGAUAUCAUCAAGCUGGGAGAUGAACUAUCAUGAGGCUGCAAUAUUCUUGGAAGAAGGAGAAAACAAUGACAAAUUCAAUAGCCACCCCCGCGACCGCAAUGCCCUGCCAGCUUACCUCGUAACACACAACCAUUGGUUCUAUUCCCUCGAUUUAGCAGCUGCUUUACUCCUCAUGUCUCUGGCAGUCAUAGAGCAGCCAGCAGUGUUUGAGGGAGUUCCUGUUGGAGUUCAUGGAUCCAUAGAACUUUUUGGUCUCUUUCUUGUUGGCAUAUCUAUUGUCAUGCAGCUCAGAUGGCUCGGCCUGCGAACCUUCGUCCAACAUAAGCGUUCAGCCGUGAAGAGUGUGACAUGGGUUGUCAUGAUAAUUGAAGCAGUAGCAGUAAUAGUCCGAAACACAAGCCAUUUUCGCGUCACACGAGCUCUGCGUCCUAUCUUCUUUGUGGACAGCAGAUACCUAGGUGGUGUCCGAAGAUUUCUGAGGCAGAUACUUCAGUCAGUUCCACCGAUCCUUGAAGUACUGGGAAUUCUGUUAUUUAUCCUCAUUAUUUUCACCACACUAGGAUUCUACCUCUUUAGCCCGGACCAGAAAAAUCCCUAUUUCACUACAUUCCAUCAGGGAUUCGUGUCCCUCUACGUACUCCUCACCACAGCAAAUUUUCCAGACGUGAUGAUGCCGGCUUAUGCCAAGAGCCGAUGGAGUGCUGCUUUCUUCAUCGCAUUCCUCGCCAUCAACUUAUAUUUUCUUAUGAAUUUGAUGCUUGCCGUGGUGUUUGUGGUCUUCAGUGACAUUGAGAAAGACAAGUUCCGCAAGCUCCUACUCCACAAGAGAAAGGCCUGCCAGUAUGCUUUCCGCCUGCUGGUCACACGAUCCCAGCCAACGCACAUUCCCUUCCGGCAUUUCCAUGGCCUCAUCAAGUUCUUCCGACCCCAAACCAGUUGGCGAGAUGCUUACCUGGCAUUUAAAUCCCUGAACCGCACGGAAACAGGCCUGCUGAACCUUUCUGAAUUUUACAAUAUAUAUGAUAUUUGUGAGUUCAAAUGGAAACCCUGCCAGUCUGCCGACCCUUGGUUCAUUGACCUUCCAAAUCCUCUCCGGGGAUGUUGCUUCCUCAUCCGUCGGCUUGUGAUGUGGAAAUGGUUCGACUUUUUCAUAUAUAUAGUAAUUAUUUCCAAUGCCCUUGUGCUGUUGGUGAAGACGAUAAUGUUAUCUGCAAGUGGUGAACCAAUAUCAUAUGAUGUCCAUGUGUCCUGGGACCAAGUAGCUUUCGUAGCUUUCUACACCUUUGAGGCCAUUCUCAAAAUGAUUGGUCUUGGAGUUUCCGCCUACUUUCACCUCGGCUGGAACAUCUACGACUUCCUGGUGACCUUGCUGGCCAUCAUAGGGAUCAUCGCAGAACGCUUUUCGAGUUCCUUCUUCUAUGUUGUGAUUCUGCGACCUCUGAGGCUUCUAAGACUCUUCAGAAUGCGAAAGAGAUACAGGGACGUCUUCCAAACUCUGGUGAUUCUGUUGCCUAGAGUUAUGUCAGCCAUUGUCGUCAUCAUUAUCACAUAUUAUUUCUUUGCUAUAAUUGGCAUGGAACUCUUCUCCCAGUAUGAUAUGAAGAACUGCUGCAUUAACACAACAGUUGAGCAGUUUUAUAAGGAUGACAAUACAACGGUGUACAUCAACUAUUACUAUCUCAACAACUUUGAUGACCUCUUUAAGGCAGGAGUUACAUUGUUUGAGCUGACAGUUGUUAAUAACUGGUUCAUCAUUAUGGAAGGUUACGCAGCUGUAGCCGGCGAAUGGUCACGACUGUUCUUUAUGGUGUUCUACUUGGUAAUGAUGGUCGUUAUGUCUGUUGUUGUUGCCUUCAUCCUCGAGGCAUUUACCUUUAGGAUGCAGUACAACCAGGCUGUACAGGAGGAUAAAGAUGAUGAUGAGGAUAAAGUGCACAUCUUCGUUGGACUGUCAAAAGAAGAGCUGCGCUUUGUAUACAGCAGACCAGACGACACUUUGACCCUUCAGCAGUACACAGCUGCUCUUGAAACAGAGGGUAUUGUGAGAUACGAAGGCACCCGCAGGAGAACACGAGUUGUCCUCCAGCGGCGCAUGUACCGUGAUGAGAUCCCUGGAUGGCUACUGGAGGCAGAACAGCAAGAUCGCACAGCCACAGGGAACCCCAUAAGUCAUCCCACUCUCACAAGUCACACCCUCCCUGUCAGCAUUGAAGCUCGGCAGGGACAGUCAAACACCCCCUCCCAGACCCCGCCAUCCUUCUUUGGUACGCUCAACAGCAAUGGCCUUGCUGACAACGAGAGCUCUGACACGUGAUGAAACAGUCUUCUCUAGGGUAAUUGGGAAUAGUUGUUAGAGGUGCCAAGUUCACUUCUUUAUUUUCGUCUUUGUGUUUUUGUUUACUGAUUUUUUAAGAAUUUAAUGCGUUUUAAGAAAUUUGUUUUAUGUACAGUUACCUAUAUAUUUAGAAUUUAUUGAAAUUUAAGGGAUUUGUUCUGCUAUUGAAGUAAAGUGAAAGAUGUAUAUUUCACCACCCAGGUAUUACAGUAAGGAUUUUAGACAUUACUCGAUAGAAGAAUUUUCCUUCAGCUGCGUCUUGGCUUAAAUUAUAUGAAUAAGAAUGGGUGAAAUAAUUAUAUUUGUUCCUCUUUUUCUAUCUAACUACAGAUAUAGCUUGCUUUGAAAGAAAGCUAAGUUGGUAAUUUCUCUGUUUCUUUCUAUUUCUCUCUAUUUUUCUCUUCCUUUCUCUAUCUCAGUCUUUCUGCCUCUUUCUUUCUCUUUCUCUCUUCCUUUCUCUAUCUCAGUC